AUGUCCGAGCUUGCGUCUCUUUUCCCUAAGUAUCAGCUCAUAGGAUAUUUGGAUUCGAGGGAUGGUGCUAGUACUGCUUCAGAUGCGAAUAAUAUAUAUGUUUUUGAUUCACUUCCAGAAGAUCCAAUACCCAAUUAUGUUCAAGACACGAACUCAACACCAUCCCCGAGAAAAUGGCACACUUCUGUAAUUGAUAAUAAGAAACUGUAUGUUUUGGGUGGUGUUAGAUCAAUGACCGGCGGAACCAACCUGUCUCUAGGUGACGGAACUAUAUAUAUAUAUGAUAUUACACAAUCAAUCUGGACUUCAAAUCCCACUCUUAAUCAACCUAUCGGUCGCCAACAACAUACAGCAACUUUAUUGCACGAUGGACGGAUAAUUAUGAUUGGUGGUGCUUUUGUUCCAAUGUAG